CAGAGGAAAUUCCGGUGCCUCCUUCACCGCAGACGCCUCCGUGUCCUCCAGGAGAAAGUCACAGUCAUUCAGGCUCACUUCCGAGGCUACCAGGCAAGGAAGCGUUACAGGAGGCUGAAGAAGACUUUGGUGCAAUUUAACACCAUGAUUUUAAUCGCCAGACCUUUGGUUCAAAGGAGGAAGCGCUGCCAGCAGGAGUUAGAGGAAAGGAAACGAAGACAGAGAUCCCUGGCCAGUGGUGACACAGAGGACAGUCCCAACCAAGGAAUGGACGUGGGGCUGCUGGAGAUCCCUGCAGAGCUCGCAGCCCUCCUGCAGUUUGUUGAAGGUCGACACCGAGCACAGGCCAACCAGAUAACCGAGGCAUUGCCUCCAGAGGUCAAGGUCAAAGAUGACCUUUCCCUCCCAUCCACCAUCAACAGCUAUCCCUUCUCCUCCUUCGUGAAGUCACACUUCCAGAAGCCAGAUUUCCCUGCCCUUGGUCAGCCUCUGCAUCACCCCUUAACCCAUCUGGGUGCUGAACACCACGAGAGUGCACUUGAGAUCAACAAACUGAUUUUGCGGUUCAUUGGUGACAAGAGCCUCCACGGCUGGCAGGAGGUGCUCCUGGGCAACUACAUCGCUGGCAGAGGUUUGAGUAACGCGGCUCUGCGCGACGAGAUCUUCAGCCAGCUGGUUGCCCAGACAUGGAAGAACCCAGACGUGGAGCACAGCCAGCGGGCCUGGGUCCUGAUGGCAGCUUUGCUGAGCUGCUUUGCGCCUUCGCCGGUGCUGGAGAAGCCCUUGCUGAAGUUUGUGUCAGACCAUGGCUUGGAGGGCUACAACGCCGUUUGCCAGCGCAAGAUCUUGACGGCGGCACAGCACGCAGAGACGGGCUCUGCAUCCUCUCGGGCCUUCCCUCCCACUCAGCUGGAGUGGACAGCAAACCAGAGGAGAGGGAAGAUGGUGCUGGAUGUUCAUACCUUUAAUGAGGAGACGUUCUCAGCUGAGGUGGAGUCCUGGAUGACUGGGGAGCAGCUUGCAGCCUGGAUCCUAAGUGCAAGGGGCUGUGAUAAGAAGACUCGAGGGUGGUCUGUCUCCAUGUUAACUGGCAACACAUGGCAGGACCUGCUGGGCUGUGACUUUGUGCUGGACCUCAUUGGAGAGAUGGAGGAGACCAGCAACUUCAGCAGCUCUUCCCAGUCCCCAGCUGAGUUCCCCAUCGCUUCAGAAAGCGACAGGAGCACCUACCAGUUCUCUGACCUGGAUUCGAUCCCUCCUGCUCCAGGCAUCCAGGCCCCUGCCUUCCCACCCCCUAGCCUGCCUCCAGAAUUCAUGGAUCUCUAUCCAGAUCCAAGGAUUAGAGAUGACCUGGGGACCCCUGUAGGCCUGGAUCACUAUGUGGAUGAUCUCUUCAGCCCUGUGCUGCAUCAGGGCUCCAGACUGCCAGAUUUGGAGAACAGGGACAUUCUCACUGGACGCAUGAAAGGAGGUGGGAAGAUUGGACCCACUGGGAGAGGAAUCCUUCCUUCUGCAGGCUUCCCUGGAGUGGCUCAAGCACCAGUUUACCAGCCCAUGCCUUCCGUGAUGGGGGUGCCAGCAGCCAUGCCCAUGGUGCCAGGGGCUGGUGGGAUCGCACCCAUGCCAGCCAUGGUUAUGCCCCAGCCCGUGGUUCCAGCUCUGGAUCCCAACCAGUUGGCAGCACAGCAGCAAGCCUUCAUCAACCAGCAAGCCAUGCUCAUGGCCCAGCAGAUGACCCUUCAGGCCAUGAGCAUUUCCCAGCAACAGCAGCAGCAGCUGCAAAAGUCUCUUGAGAAGUCAAGGCCAAGAGCCUCAAGUCCACCACAAGCCCGACCCCCAGCCACUCUCCCAAAACCCAAGAAGCCUUCCACAAACCAGGAUGCUGCAACACCACCAGAGUCUUCAGAACCACCAGCUAAGGGUAAUGACUACGAACAAGAUGAGUUCUCCAGCAGUGGAGAUGAAGAUUCUCCUCGGGAAACCUUCCAGCAGAAGAGACAAUAUUUCCAGAAGAUGGGAGAGCAAUACAUCCGAGUGAAGAAAGUCAGGCCUCCUACCAAAACCUGGACUCCACCAGCAAAGCCCCAGCCAGAGCAGGAGGAGGAGAAAAAACAGGAACAGAAGGUGAAAGAAGUGAAGCCUGUCCCCAAACCAGAGGCAGCUCCUGCUUCCCCUGUGCCAUCUGCUGAGCCAAAGCCAAUAAAGCAGAUGCCAAAAGUGAAGAAGGAGCCACCUGUAGUGAAGCCUUCAGGCCCCGAGUCGCGUCCCACGCCGAGCCGCGAGAUCGGCAACAUCAUCAAAAUGUACCAGAGCCGACCGGCCCCGGAGCCCCAGCCCAUCCAGCCCGUGAGGAAAGUACCCAAGCCCUUUAUAAAGAAGAGUGACCCCAAAAAUGAGGCUCUGGCCAAGCUGGGAAUGAUGAACCCCUCGUCUCACCCAUCACCAUCUCCUGUGCCACAAGAGAAGAAAAUACCUCCACCUCUCAAGCCCAAGCCAGGCUCAGCUUCCAGCUCUAUCAAGGAGAAGCAGUUGCCUCUCCUGUCCAUCUUCAGGCCAGAUGGUACCCCACCAGCAUCUGAGGGCUCUCCUGCUCCCCCUACUCCCCCAGCACUGCCUUCACCUCUAAAGCCUGAGGACCAAGGCAAGCAGGAAUCCACAGGAAAGGACUCUGCUGUAACAGUAACAGGUGACGAUGGCAUCAAGACCCAGCUGUACAAACUCACCAGCAGCGUCAGCUUCUCCUAUGCAGACCCUGCCUGGAAAAUCUUCCUGCGCAAAGAGGUGUUUUACCCCAAAGAAAAUUUCAGCCACCCUUACUGCCUGAACUUGCUGUGUGAACAGAUCAUCCGUGACACCUUCUCCGACUCCUGCUUUCGGAUCUCCAAGGAGGAGAAGCGCAAGAUGAAAGACCUGCUGACGGAGUUCCGGGUUGGCAACGAUGUCCAGUCCAUUAAGGAGGAUGGAAUAAAGAAGAGGAUUGUACUGGCUGCUCGGGAUAACUGGGCCAACUAUUUCUCCCGCCUCUUCCCUGUUCAUGGUGAAGAGGGAAGUGAUGUGCAGGUCCUGGGUGUUUCUCACCGGGGCAUUCGGCUGCUGAAGGUGGAGAAAGCAGCUGGGUAUAACCCUGAGCACCUCAAGAUUCUUCGCAGCUACUGCUUUGCAGACGUGCUGUCAGUGGAGCUGAAGGGCAGCAGUGCCCUGGAGUUCUCCCUGAAGACAGAGCAGCUCUUCCUGCACUCUCUGAAGGCUCCGCGCAUCAAGGCCAUGGUGGAACUCUUCAUGCAGGAGCUGAGGCAGGACACCAACUACGUCGUUGCUCUGCGCAGCUACGUCGUGGACGACAAGAGCCUCCUGAGCUUCAAGAAGGGAGACCUCAUUGAGCUGCUGCCCAUGAAAGGCGUGGAGCCAGGCUGGCAGUUUGGCUGCACUGGUGGCCGCUGUGGUCUCUUCCCCACCAACCUGGUGCAGUUGGCUGCAGCCCCUGAUUACCUCAGCAUCAGCAUGGACAGACGUGGAGAGCUACGGAAGAGAAGGAAAUCUUCCCCACAGAGCAGGAACACCAGCAGGGAGAGUUCUGUUCCCAGCCUGACAUCAGAACCCGACAGCACGAUGUUAGUCCCUGCUGGUGAUCGUUAUACCAUGAUUGACUUUGCCACAGCCUAUUUCCGGGAGGCUCAGUCCAUGCAGGGACUGCAGGGGAUGUCUGCUGAAAAGAAGAGUAUAGCUGGCCUGGUCCGGCACACCAAGGUCCCAAUCCAGGAGUCUUUGCUCCUGUACUCUGACAGUGAGCUGAAUGAGCUGGCUACAAAGAACUUCCAGACGCUGAUGCGGCUCAUGGGGGAUCAGUCCAAGCACAAGGACCAGACUGAGGUUGAAUGCACCUACGAAAUCCUCAAGCUGUGCAAGGAGAAGGAGCAUUUGCACGAUGAGGUCUACUGCCAAGUCAUCAAACAGGUCACCCACAACCCUAACCAGCAGAGCAUGCUGCGUGGCUGGUUGGUCCUGAAUCUGCUAACUGGAUACUUCCUCCCUACUAAAAUCCUGAUGCCCUAUGCCACCAAGUUCCUGCAGCUCGCCAGCAGUGAUCCAUCCAGCACCCACCAUGAUAUAGCCAAGAUCUGUCAGAGCAACCUGCGGAAAACCUUCAUGUACGGGGGCCGCCGAAACCUUCCUUUCCCUGUGGAGAUGGAGGCGCUGCUGAAGGGGCACGGUGCCCGCCGGCUGGUGAUACUGAUGCCUGGGGGCAUGGAAUACGUCACCAGGAUCAAGACAUUCACGGUGGCCAAGGAGCUCUUGCAGGAGAUCUGUGAGCAGAUGGGAGUUGGUGAACAGGAAGAGAUACAGGACUUUUUUCUUUUUGCUAUCAGGACUGACAACAAAAAUCUUGGCAAAAUAGUGAAGCCAAUAAAACCAGAGGAGUAUCUCCAUGAUUACCUGCUGGAGGACAAGAUGGUCACCGUGACUUUGCGCAGGCUCAUCUGGAGGACACCUCUGCACUUCGAGAACCAAAUCUACACAGAUGUCCACUAUGGACAGGUGCUGUGGGAUUACCUGAAUGGGAGGAUGCUGCUGAGCCAGAGUAAAGAAAUGGAGAUGCAGGUGGGCCUUUUGGCAAUGCUCCAGCACUGGGCCAAGCCAGAGCAGCAGAACUCGGCUCCCUCCGGGGAGGAGCUGAAGAAAUACACCCCCAAGACCCUGCAGCACUCCAUCAGUUCCAUGGCUCUGGAGAACCAGGUUGCCACAUUGCUGAGGACAAGGCAGCCCCUCCAGCCACUGGAUGCAAAAAUCCAGUUCAUAGAGCAUGUGAUGAAACUGCCUUUCUUUGGCUACACCAUGUUCAUGGUGGAGAGAGUCAGCGACAACAAGAUCCCUGUGCCCUGUUUCCUUGGUGUGAAUAAAGAGGAGAUCAUUGUGGUGAAUGGCACCACCCAGGCCGUGUCCCAGGUCAUUCCCCUGAAGGAGGUGCAGAAGAUGCGCACCCUGAAGCCCAUGCUCAAAGAUGGACUUCCCGGCUUGGAGCUGAACUUUGGAUCACCUGCCACCCCCAAGACUUUGUGGGUUGAACUGCAACAGGCUAAAGAACUGUACCACACACUUGUCAUCAUCCUGGACAAAACAGAGCUCCACUCCUAGAGCCCAAAAGGAGGAGAAUGACCAAGGAAAGCAGCUGUGCCUCUCUUCCUUUGAACCUGAUUAGUGCUCUCUGAUCUGUCUUCUGGAGAGAACACUUCCAAAAGACAGCCACGACCUCAGACAGCUGCUUUCCAUGGCUGUCACCACAGUGUUUGUUGAUGGACUGGAUAAUAAUCUCACCCCUGGUGACCUGCCAUUCAGUCCCCAAGUACUUCCUUGAAGCAAUCCAUGCUGUGGACAAACAAACCACAAGGCCCUCUCCACCCCAGAGUUCCAAAAAGGAGCAGCUGAACCAAUGCAAGCACUUGCCUUCAAGCAAUGCAGUGUGGAACUCCUCUUUUCUUUUUUGAAUUAAUUAACAUUAGCAAAGCCUGGUGCUUUGCUACAGAUUUGUGCAUCCCAGUGCCCAGCUGAGUCUGCAAUGCCUGCACUGGCUGCUGGUGUUUUCCAGAGGCCAGUUUUGUCUCUACAUUGAUAUGCAUAAGGCCCUGGAGCAGGACUGGUGAAGCAGGAGUUUAUAGAAAGCACCUUAAUUGAAAAGCAGAUCAGUGUUAAUAAUACAAUUAGCACAUAUGCUGGGGCGUGGAUCGAGCUGCAAUGAUAAGAAAGUUUAUUGUUAAUUAAUUUCUCACUGACAUAAUUAUAUGCAUCUGCUUCCCUCUACUACAAAGGAGUCAGUCAUGUCCAUGCAGCUGUCAGGCUUCAGUGAUGGCUCCAUGCCCAUGGAGGAAGAAGCAUAUUCAAACAGGACUUGUAUUAUAGUAGACUGUUUUGGGUUGUACAAAAAUGCCUAAUUUAUUUUUAUUGCCCUUUAGGAAAUUGCAAUAAAGUAAU